AUGUUCAAAACUCUGAUGAAGUGCAGGUCUGAGCUGACAGGCGUCUCUUAUUUUCAGGCUUCUCUUCGUGUCUUCGCGCUCCUGCUGGGACUGGUGGUCCUGUCUGAGUCUGCAUGCUUCAGAAAGCCACUCGCCAUCAUCGAAGGCCCCGGUUUCCCUGUUUUACCGACUGGUGAGUCACUGCGAGCCAAAGAGGAGUGAGAGUGUCCUUUGUGUUUAGUCGAGACAGUCGCUUCUUUUAAGUCAAUUUUAAAAACUCACUUUUACAGACUUGCCUUUAUGUGAUGCCAUCUUUCAUCUUUUAUUGCCUUUUACCGUUUUUAUUUUUCUCCUUUUUCUUUGACCUCUUUCACCUCUUUCUUAUUUAGACUUACUGCCUUUUUAGCCUUUGUUUUACCUAUAAUCUUUUUAUUGAUUUUAAUGUUUUCAUUUUCCUUUAUUUUAUAUAUAUAUAUUUAAUUCCACUUUAUCAUUUAUAUUACCAUCAUUUUAUUUUAUUAUGAUUUUAUUAUUAUUAUUAUUAAUAUCCUCUUUUAUACUUAUUAGCCUGUUUUCUUCCCUCCUUGUCUAUUUCUUUUCUUUUUUUUGCUUUUGUUUUGGUCCUCAUGGUCCCAUUUAUUUGUAGGGUUCUUGUAUUGCCUGGGUUUCUUACCAAAAGUGAAACAGGCCUACAAUUCAGAGGCCUGUUUUUAACUGAGCUUUUGUUUUUAUGUGUUUUUAUUUUCAAUGUGCUGAUGCUCUGUGCUUACAACUGUUGUCUAAGCACUUUGUAAACUUCUGUUUUUAAAGGUGCUAUAUAAAUAAAAUUAUUAUUAUUAUUAUUAUUAUUAGAAGUUGGAUAGAAACAUCUACGCCCACCCGCUGAAGCUCGCUGUCCGUCUUUGAAGAACCUGAGAGUCUGAUGAGGAGUCCGGACUCUGAUCUGAACUGUCCUUCGUCUCUCCUGCAGGGUGCGAGGAUGACGAUGGAAAGACAUAUCCCUUUGGAGGAACCUGGGUGAGAGACUGCAAGUCCUGCAGCUGCUCAACGGACGGCAUGAGCUGCUGUGAGAUGUAAGAUUUUUACGCUUUAAUGUGAAAUGCACAUCAGAAUUAUGAUUAAGUGCUAAAUAAAUAAAAUUAUAAAGUGUAGAACUACUUUGGAGAGGGCGUGGUCUCAGAAAACGAUUGUUCGUCAGACUUUUACUUUGAUAUGUUGAGUAAACGGCGUUGUUUCCUGUCUCGUCCAACUUUUAUUUUGAAGUUUUGUAAGUUACAGAACAGAUUGAAAGUAUAAUUGUUGAUGAACUGAUUAACUGAAACCCAGAGGGACAUAAAUCUUUAAUGUCAGUUUUAGAGGGUCGUCUCUCAGAGAAAUAGUUACUCAUGUUUUGUUAGGAAUGGAAAAGGUCUCUGAAGAACCGAACUUUUAUACUUUCUGCUGAACUCUUGUCUUGCCUUUUUCAAAUGUUUUUAUUUGUUUCUGUAUUUUUUUUUCUUGUUGUUGUUUUAAAUAAAUUUCACCUCAAAGAAGAACUUUUAAAGGUCCUCCUCAUCUGCAGGUUUAUUCUUGUCUGUCAGGCUUCCUUCAGCAGGUGCGUUCUCCUUCCCUCAUCACUGUCAGCUGCUGGUGGAUAAGACGGCCUGCACUACCAAGCUGGUGCUGAAGUCAGACAACUCCAGACCUUGUGUGGUUUAA